GCGCUUCCGCCUCGUCCGUGACGUCACUGUCCGAUCCUUCGCCACCAGACAGGAAACUUCCCGCGCUCUCCCCCCGGUGAAAGGUCACAAAUUAAAGUCGAGUGGCGGGAGCUGUUGUCAGGAAGCGACGGUCGGACCCUGUUGUUUAUAUCGUGGAGACAAACAGUUUGUUGAAGGUCAUGGAUUUUAAAAGACGCAAUGGUGGCCCCUUAAAGGGAAGUGCAUCUCAGGCCAAACGGGGUAAAACAGCCGGCGAGUGGGAGGACAGUCCGUCGCAGUUUGAAGAGGAACUGUCCAUGUUCGAUGAUGCAGACAUGGAUGCAGAGGCGAUGGAGGGACAGGCAGGUCAUGACGUUAUUCCCGUAGGUGACCUCUUCUCAGCAAACCUUAACCCUCGCUGGCAGCGGCCUCAUGCCCCUACACUGGACCCGUCAUCUGAUAAUUUUGUGUUUCAGCAGAUUGAUCUAGACUAUUAUUUAGGGGCCGCAGUGGCUGGCAUGCCUGGUCAGUCACAGGGAACAGUCCCCAUCAUUCGCAUGUUUGGGGUGACAGACAGCGGCAACAGUGUUUGUUGCCACAUUCACGGAUUUGCGCCUUACUUCUAUGUUCCUGCACCAAGUGGGUUUACGUCUGAUAACUUGGGUGAUUUCAAAAGAGAACUGAACUCUGCUGUGCUGAAGGACAUGCGCUCCAAUAAGGACAACAUCUCCAUCACAGUGUUGGCUGUGGACAUCACCCAAAAAGAGAGCAUGUAUGGUUACCAUGGACAACGCAGUCUCAGUUACUUACGGAUAACCAUGGCAAUGCCUCGUCUCAUUGCCCCAGCAAAGAGACUUCUGGAGCAGGGCAUUAAGUUUGGACCUUUCCCCUUCCAGUGUUACAAAUCCUACGAGGCCAAUAUAGAUUUUGAAAUCAGGUUCAUGGUGGACAGUAAUGUGGUGGGAUGUUGCUGGAUCGAACUUCCCAAAGACAAGUACAGAGUGCGUGAGGAGAAGAGCAUGGGGGAAACAAAUUCUCAUUGUCCAGGCAAGGCGUCCUUGUGUCAGUAUGAGGUGGACGUGGGAUGGACAGAUUUGAUAAGUCACCCAGCGGAGGGAGACUGGCAGAGGAUUGCACCACUCAGAGUCCUGAGCUUUGACAUUGAGUGUGCAGGAAGAAAAGGAAUCUUCCCAGAGCCUGAUAAAGACCCUGUGAUUCAGAUAGCGUCUAUGGUCCAGCGUCAGGGUGAGACAGAGCCCUUCAUUCGCACUGUGUUCACCCUCCAGUCCUGUGCCAGCAUUGUAGGCUCUCAGAUAUUGUGCUUCACACAGGAGAAACAGCUGCUGCAGAGCUGGGCGGAGUUUUUGAGGACAGUGGAUCCAGACAUCAUCACUGGAUACAACAUUCAAAACUUUGACUUUCCCUACCUGCUCAACAGAGCAGCUAAGCUAAAGGUGAAUCUGUUUCCCUACUUGGGCCGAGUGCGAGGAAUCAAGUCAGUCUUGCGAGACCUGAACUUCCAGAGCAAGCAGAUGGGACGCAGAGAGAACAAGACCAUUAACAUGGAGGGCCGCGUUCAGUUUGAUUUGCUGCAGGUGCUCCUGCGGGAUUAUAAACUGCGCUCAUACACACUAAACGCUGUGAGUUUCCACUUCCUACAAGAACAGAAGGAGGAUGUACAGCACUCCAUCAUCACUGAUCUGCAGAAUGGCAACGAACAGACUCGCAGACGUUUGGCAGUCUACUGCCUGAAGGACGCUUAUCUCCCACUGCGCUUGCUGCAGAAGCUGAUGUGUGUGAUUAACUACAUGGAGAUGGCCAGAGUGACAGGUGUGCCUCUCACAUACCUGCUGUCAAGAGGACAGCAGAUCAAGGUCGUCUCUCAGCUGCUGCGACAGGCCAUGAAACAGGACCUGGUCAUGCCUGUUGUAAAGACGGAAGUAGGAGAAGACUACACUGGAGCAACUGUCAUCGAGCCAGAGAAAGGGUAUUACAGCGUUCCCAUUACCACCCUGGAUUUCUCCUCCCUGUAUCCAUCCAUCAUGAUGGCUCACAAUCUGUGCUACACCACCCUGCUGCAGAAGGGCUCAGCAGAGAAACUAGGCCUGUCAGCUGAGGACUUCAUCAAGACUCCGACUGGUGACCUGUUUGUGAGGAGCUCAGUGAGGAAAGGACUUCUACCUGAAAUCUUGGAGAACCUGCUGUCUGCCAGAAAGAGGGCCAAAACAGAGCUGAAGAAGGAAACUGACCCUUUCAAGAAGCAGGUGCUGGACGGCCGUCAGCUGGCUCUCAAAAUCAGUGCAAACUCUGUGUACGGCUUCACUGGGGCCCAGGUGGGCAAGCUGCCCUGUCUGGAGAUCUCCCAGAGCGUCACAGGUUUUGGGAGGCAGAUGAUCGAGCAAACCAAACAGCUGGUGGAGUCCAAGUACACCAUUUCCAGUGGUUACCAAGGUGAUGCCAAGGUCAUCUAUGGGGACACAGACUCCGUCAUGGUCAAACUCGGGGUUGCAACAGUAAAGGAGGCCAUGGAGGUCGGGAGGGAGGCAGCGGAGUGGGUGUCAUCUCAUUUCACACCACCAAUCAAACUGGAGUUUGAGAAGGUGUACUACCCGUACCUGCUGAUCAACAAGAAGCGAUAUGCCGGCCUGUAUUUCUCCUCCAGUGCAGACACACAUGACAAGAUGGACUGUAAAGGCAUUGAGACUGUCCGCAGAGACAACUGCCCUCUGGUGGCGAACCUUAUCGGCACCUGUCUGCAGAGAAUCCUCAUCGACAGGGAUCCGCAGGGUGCAGUAACUCAUGCCAAAGAGGUGAUCUCAGACCUGCUGUGCAACCGCAUUGACAUCAGCCAGCUUGUCAUCACGAAGGAGCUGACUCGCACCGCCCAGGAGUACGCUGGCAAGCAGGCACACGUGGAGCUGGCAGAGAGGAUGAGGAAGAGAGAUGCCGGCAGCGCUCCCAACCUGGGAGACCGAGUUCCAUACGUCAUCAUCAAGGCUGCAAAGGGAGCGGCAGCUUACAUGAAGUCAGAGGACCCCAUCUACGUGCUGGAGAACACUAUUCCCAUCGACACACAAUACUACCUGGAACAGCAGCUGUCCAAGCCCCUGCUGAGAAUAUUUGAGCCCAUCCUGGGAGAGAGCAAGGCAGAGAGCGUCCUGCUCAAGGGCGACCACACACGCUGCAAGACCGUGUUGACCUCGAAGGUCGGGGGACUCAUGGCGUUUGCUCAGAAGAGGAGCACCUGUAUCGGCUGCAAAGCUGUGCUCAAGAUGGACGCGGCUGUGUGUGAUUUCUGUAAGAAGAAGGAGUCUGAACUCUACCAAAAGGAGAUCUUUCACUUAAACACACUGGAGGAACGUUUCUCUCGCCUGUGGACUCAGUGUCAGCGUUGUCAAGGUUCCCUGCACGAGGAUGUGCUUUGUACCAGCCGGGAUUGUCCCAUCUUCUACAUGAGGAAGAAGGUUCAGAAAGAUUUGGAUGACCAGAGCAAGCUGGUGUCUCGUUUUGGAUGGUGAGAGGAGGCACACACCCUCAUUCCUCCUGUGCCUCAUUUUUGGACUCUUUUGAUUUUUUUUUUCUCCAACUCUUUCUGUGCUUCUGUAAAAAUGCAUAUAGUUCACACUGUUUCUAUAUUUUCUAAUAUGAAUAAAAAUACUUUGAGUAGUAUGUUUUUUGUAAAAUAAAUAAUCAAAAGCAAAAUCUAUUUUAUGGAAUGUCAUUUGCCUUCCUCUUCAGCGUCAACCUCAAACCACAUCCCUUCCUCUUCACUGAUUUAGUAUAUGAGCACAAUCAAAAUCCUCUCCUCCAUCCUAGAAGAUGUAAAGAGAUCUACAUUAUCAAACGUCUCAGAUCAGAUCUGGGGCCUGUACUACAAAGCAGGAAUUGUGUUAUUGUACUAAAUCAUCAUGGUAACUAAUGGUGAAUGGCCAAACUGCUCCAGUGUAGGUUAAGUUUGAGAUCUAAAUCUGGAUAAGGAAACCCGGGGUUAACAGACAGUUGAUAACCAGCUUUGUAGUACAGGUUUUCGGAACGGCCAAUGUUAAGAUACCCUGGAUAAGUUUAAAAUGCAUCGUAGUAUAGCCCCCGAGUAUAAUUGCUGCUCAGUUUGUCUCUUUUGAGUCUUGAAAACCCCUUAAUCAAGAGGAUCCACAGAUAAACAGGACAAGAUGUAAAAGCUACAGACGUUUACUUGUUCAUUACAGCAGAGUGAUUUUACAUAACUGUCAGAUUUGUUCAGACCCAAUCAAGUUACAUAUUUUUUACAGUGGAAUUACAUCAUGUCAAAGUGGUGAGUCUGGCACUAGGGGCCUGAUGGAAAAAUUCUAUACUUGAUAAUUCUAAACACUUUGUUAAAGUUGUUCCAUUUGAAACUUCAUGUAAUUAUGCAGAUGGGUUUUUAACUUGGAAAAUUAACUUCAAAAAUCCAUUACAUUUUAAGAGCGAGUAAUAAUCAAAGAAGAAAAACACUGCAAUAAAAAAUGUUUCGCUUCUGAAGGUGUUGAUCCAGCAUCGAGUGGGAUCAGAUACCAUGACUGUCACUGUGAGGCUGCUGAGUUAAAUCACUGGUUUGAGUAGUUUCAUGUCACCACAUGGACGCAUAGCACACGCACACACACACUACAUGCUCUGAUGGAGUGUGGUGAAGCAGAGGCUGAGCUUGGACACGGUGACUUACAACCACGACCACCAACACUGGGACUGACACAAAAGCUGCAUUAAAAACUGGACUUUGGAAUGCAGUGCGACUUUGGAAUAUGCAAAAAGCAGGACCAACACUUCAAAUGAUAAAUGAUUAAUGGCAAGAAGUUAUGGAAGCAGGGGUCAGACUUGACUCAGCUCUCCUUCAUUUUGUGUUGAAACAUAUUCCUGAGAGAACAUUUGAACUGGCACUACCACUAAUCCUUAAGUCUAUAUUGAUCAACUAAAGGGGGAAUGGAUAAAGUGUACCAUGGAGACUGGAACACAACUUUGAAGCUUUUGUUACUCAUGCUAUAGAACUUUCUUUAACAUGUGGUCUUUGUGAAAGAAAUAACCCAACUAUAUAUUGCUGUUGUGUUUCAAGCCCUAGAUGACAAACUUUAGAAAAACACAAGGGGAAGAUGAAGCAAAACAUUUUCACAAGAGCGAAAAAGCAUCCAAGUCAUUAGGAUACGCUUUUCUCAUGACGAACAUGCAGCAGCUCAUCUACAACUUGUGUUGAGUCCUGGUGAGAUGAAUUCAAAACAUUACCUGUUGUGAUUGUGCAAAGUGCAGUGACGAACCACCGUGAACCCUUGACCGCCUAAAGUCAACAGGAGCUGAAAACACUGGCCGGAUUAUACGUAAUUAGAAAAUGAUUCUUGGAAAUAAAUCUUUCUACCACAGACCCAAAUUAGGUUUUCACAAAGGUAACCAAAAAGAAAAAUUAACUUUCAGCUAAAAAACUACAGAUUCUAGUAGUUUGGUCAUCAAAACAAAAACAAACAAACAGCUGGAUUCAC